GCGCUACCAGCUUAACUUCCUCUUUCGAAGUGUUUUGCGCUUCCGUUUGGCAACUCUCUGCUUGCUGCCCGUUUCGCGGUUUACAAGUUUGGCCAUCACACUCAAAUCACCGUUGCAGACAGACAUGACGUGUGGUUUUACAGUUAACCCAGAUUGAAAACAGACGUCGCAUUUCCCGAUAGGGGUAUUGAAUAUGAAGCCCCGAUUGGGUGUUCAUUGGGUGCUUGUGCGUACAGCUAUACUGACACGCAGCAAAACAGAGGAGUUUGUUAAAGAAACAAAAAGACCCUCGAACGGGGUGUUUUGUCUGAACGAUUGAGGGGCUAAUGGCGUGAGCGGACCGAGUCGACGUGACCGACGAAGUGAACACCUGUUUUCUCGGUCAAGAUGGAGGACAGAAACAACAGUGCUAAUGGUGAUUUGCCAGAUGAUAUCUUAUUCCAUCACCAAAAUGACAAUAUCGGAGAUGCUGCUGACCAGUACAGUAGCCUUGAAGAUGUUGAAGGGGAACCUGCCACAUUGAAUCAUGUGUCCAGCAGCCAGCAUGCAGCUGCAAUGAGAGAUCACCUCCCCAUCCCAGAAGAAGACAACCUCAGCUCGUUUGAUAACGAUCCUGGCUACUGGGCCGGGACCACUCCUCCUCGCAACCACAGGGAGGAGAAGAGACAGCACCUGCGUUCCCGUCAGGGGCCCAAGCCACCGCGGUUGGUCAUCCCGAGACGGGACAGUAUCCCCAAGACGUUCAACAGUGGUCCGCGGAGAAGCCUGGUGAGAAUGGACAAAGUGGACGAAGGAGAAGCUUUCAUUGAUCCGGUCCUCGGAAGCACCGCCAUGCAGCAGAAGCGGAAGAGCAUCACAAUCGAGCGCAACCAACAACGAGAGUACAAGCACAGUGCCGUCAACUAUGACGGCACUGAGGUCCCUAGUGUGAUCGUACCCCUGAACACAUUCCUGGACCCUAUGCCGUCGCCAGUCGUCAAGGUGGACUCCAAUGUCUUCUUCCGCAGUCUGACCACUCAGCAAGUGAGCCAAAGUCCCCCGCCCUCUCCAAAGAGUUCCAAGAGCAAGAAGCACUCUGUGGGAAAGUGCUACUGCCCAGAGGAUCGCAUCUCAUUCCACAAGAUAUUCUCAGAGAUGAUCCGCAUCGGCACCGCCAAGAAGGAAGGAAGUGUGGAAGGCAAGAAUUACAGCGGAUGGCAGGAGAACUCCAACCAAACGGACACAGUUCGCAUGGCCUGGAAUCAACUCUUGUGGUUGGAGUUGAAGGCAUUUCAGAACGGCCUGACAAUGAUACAGGAGGACCAACGGAUCGUCGAAGCUCGGGAGAUGAUCCCCAGCAUCCUGGAAGCGAUUCUCAGGUUUAAGUUUAUUCCCUCCCCCUCCAAGGGUAAAGGGCCCACAAAAUGCACCCUGAAGCGUCAUCCAAGAGGCCGUUUGUUGUCAUCGAACACUGCUUCUGAGAGCGUAAGCCAAGGGGACACGGGAUCAGAUUCAGACCGGAGUGUCCAGAGCCAAGACGAGCCGCUGAAGCCCUGCAACACCUGCAGCACGCCCUUCUUAAACCGUCGAGCCAGCUCAGACAGUGUCGGCAUGUGCAUGCCACUCAGUGCCGCCCUGACUAACUACAUUCAGAACACCCGGCAAGCCUGGAAGCAGAUCACAAGCAUCAUGGAGCAGCUAGAGGAAGCCUCACAGCUGUAUUCGACCCUGAGGGCACUUCAGAACGAUUACCCGCUCUACAAAAUGACAGGCUUCCGAAAGCGCAUCGAGACGCUAUGCUUGUGGUUAAACAUCACCGGCGAUCUCAACCACAAAUUGGAACAGGCUGCCUUGAUGCUCGGGGUGAUUGACAUCGAAGGAGUCUUUUGGCCUUUCAUACUCGAUGAUGAGUCUGAAGAUGAACAAAUUGACCAACUGGAAAUGAAUGCUGUCCAGAAGGUCGAAUCCGGUCUGAUCAAACCACACCCAAGGAGAUUAUUUGAUGUUAAGGAGGUUUCAAGCUCGUUAGACUCAACAGACACUGAAGAAACAGCAAUUGAAAAGGAAGUGGAAUCCCCUUCAAUACCAGAGCUGAAUAACCAAGAUACCCAAGUACCCAAAAAGAGAACUCGAUCUGUGACCUUUGACAUACAAGAAGACAGCGACAGCUAUGAUGGACUCAACGACGCUGACGAUGAAUGUGAACCCUCUCCAAGAAUCACCCCCCACCACAGUACGCCGUCAUUCAAAGGCUCAGUAUCGGAUGACUCACCCCGCAUUGCCCGCAUCUUCAGCCAGUGCCACUUCAGCUUCGACUUCAACUCGGCUACCUCCAUGUACCGCCCCUUUGUCGACCGGAGCCUGAAACACAGCGGCCUGAGAAGAAUGACCAACAUGCUGUACACCCUGCUAGGCAAGACACUACAGAGAACAAAACAGGUUCUCCAGAAGCCUACAUUUGUUGAGGACAUCAAUACACCCAAGCGGAAGCACAGGCCAAGCAGUGUUGAUUACGAUUCGGUGUCGGGCAAUCCGCUUCCAUUCACAAGCCCCAUAACGCAGGAGACCAACCAGGUCGAGCAACACCAGUACGACCUGCUAUCAACACACGGGGCUUGGAGUGAAGAGUUUACAGCUAUGGGUCUGCCCUCAUUCAUGCCUGCAUAUUUGUUUCUCUUACGAAUUCCUCUGGACGUUAUGCAUGAGUGCCUACGCUUCCGAUUGGAACACAAGCCAGCCGUAGAUCCCUCAGCUCACAGCAUCCAGCAGCUCAUCUACGAGUGUAAGGAAGUGAUUCGUUCCUCGGUGCACAUGAAACAAUACUACCAGAGUAUGGUUAGCGCUGUCACGCCGGAUGAUGUCAAGGCCCAGGAACAUGCUGAGAGUGACAUUGAGGAGUACGAGAACAAUCUACAAGAAAUGCUCAGAUGCUACUUUGAGUACCUUCAUAGCUGGAUCUUGAUGCUACAGAGGUUACCCCAAGCCUCCAUCAGCCUCAAGAAUAUCCUGGAUGACGAGUGGGACUUCACCAAGGAGAUCUGCCCCCAUGUCCGAGGAGGCGAGGCCCAGGCUGGCAAACGGUUCUGCAUAAUGGCCAAGAAUCUACUGUUGUCCAUUGGAGACUAUCUAGAGAACGGAGUGGAUGAUGUCAGCUCUUCCCACCAAGACAGCCAGUCGCAUGGAGACACAAUGAAGAGAAUAAUCAUCAAUUCUUGCAAGCACUUCAAGCUGCUGUUCCAUGAAGUUCGGGAGAGGGCCUCCAAGGCCCUUGGAUUUGCCAAGAUGCUGAGAAAGGAUUUGGAAAUUGCUGCCGAGUUCCAGAGGACAGUGCCAACAAAGGAAUUGCUGAGAGUUCUCAAAGUGUCCGAUCAUAUCAAGGUGAACAUGGGGGCAGAUAUCCCUGGCCAUCUGAUGUUUGUCCCCAAGCAUCUCAAGGAGGACACGCUGCAGAUCUUACAGCUCCUGGAUGACUUGUGCGGUCGUGAGGAUAUGCCUCUCAUCCCCAACGAUCCCUCCUCUGUGGACAGCGUCGGGUAUUUGCUCCUGGUGCGGUGCAGCGACGGCGGGGAGGAAGGGAACUUGCCUGAGUGGGACGAGCCCUGCGUUCACGUCAUGCCCGAUGUGGAAACCACAAUUGCUCUCUCCGAUAUCCAGGUGAAGUGUUUACUUCUUGUUGUCAACCACUCUUCCCAACUUCACGGCCAGCGGAAGGCGUUUGAGCGAGCAGUCGGCAAGGCAGUGACGCUGACGAGCGAUCAAACCUCAAGCCACAACACCAUCGCAGAGGCCCUGGAUGAAUUAAAGCAAAAUGCCCUGGGCCUGUGCCACACCAUCGUGCAUAACAUCAAACAGGUGGACGAGAACUUGGACAUCGAUUCCAUCUUAGACAUUGAGGAGACAGAGAAGAUUAACAUGCUGUCUUACUUCAAGGAUACCAUGCACCAGUGUUUCUCUGUCAGCUUUGAUUACCACAAGGAAGUGACACGCCUACUGUCGGGAGAAGCGAGGCAGAAACUGGCUGAGUCGAUGCAAAACUUGGCCCACAUGUGGAUGACAUUUGUGCUUGAAAAAUGUGAGAGGGGACGGGGCACUAGACCAAGGUGGGCCAAUCAUGGCAUGGAUUUUCUGGUGGUGGCCAGCGAACCCCGAAAUGUUGCAUUUCUUUCCAACGACGACUUUGUCAGAAUGACGCAGGUGAUGAGCAAGUGUAUCACGCACAUCAUCGGCAACGAAGACAAGUCUUGCUCUGGAAGCCCAGCAUUUGCCGUGACUAGUCCCAUGGACGGCAGUUCGUUGAAGCUAUCGCGAGCCUGGUCCAAGUCUUCUACUAGGUCGACAUCAGACUCCACACCAUCUCCUCACAUGCCCUCGCCAGUGCAGUUUGGUGAACUCCAACGGACAAAUAGUACAGAGCGGUUUCUGUCACUCAUGCCAAACAGCAGCCCUACUGAAGACUUGCCUGAGCCUCCGUUCUCCAAGCGUGGCACCCCCAGCCCCAUGUCCCCGCCACUGCCCCGCAUGUUCCACAGCAUCUCCAAGGACAGUGCUGAGUCCCUGUCCAAGAUGGACCGCUCGGAGCGGGUACGCAGCAAGCUGCAGCAGCUGGAGGAGCGCCGCAACCAGAAGCUGCAGGACUGGUCACUGAUUGGCACGGUCAGCGACCGCCACAGUGACCACGAGGUGGUCAACAUCAACUGCAAGAAGGUCACUUUCCGCUGGCAGCGCGGACGCAAGAUAGGUGAAGGGCAGUUUGGUACCACCGUGUACUCCUGCAUCAACAUGGACACCGGCGAGACACUGGCUAUGAAAGAGCUUCGGUUCCAACGGAAUGAUCACAGUGCUAUCAAAGAUAUUGCUGAUGAACUCAAGAACUUUGAAGGAAUCCGCCAUGCUAGCCUUGUGCGCUACUACGGAGUUGAAAUACACAGGGAGGAGCUACUUAUUUUCAUGGAGUACUGCGACGAGGGGACGAUAGCUGAGGUGGCUAAGGCCGGCUUGCCUGAGCAGAUGGUUCGAUGUUACACCCAGGAGAUCACAGUUGCCAUUAGCUUCUUACAUGAACACGGCAUUGUACAUAGAGAUAUCAAAGGUGCUAAUGUGUUCCUGUCGUCUGACGGGCACGUCAAGUUGGGAGAUUUUGGCAGUGCAAUCAAGCUGCAGAAUGCUAAAACAAUGCGUGGGGAGCUGACAACCUUCACAGGAACAGCAGCGUACAUGGCACCAGAGGUCAUUACCCAAACAGGUCAGGGGAAAAAAGGUUAUGGCCGGGCAGCUGAUAUCUGGAGUUUGGGAUGUGUGGUCAUCGAGAUGACCACAGGAAAGCGCCCUUGGCAUGAAUUUGACCACGAGUUCCCUAUCCUCUUCAAAGUGGGCGAGGGCGCCAUUCCACUGACUCCCGACAACGUCAGCCCGGAGUGUAAGGACUUCCUGUCCAAGUGUCUAGUGCCCAACGCCCUGGACAGAUGGACAGCCAAUCAAUUGUUGGAUCAUACAUUCGUCAAGGUGUCACCGAGCAUUGAUUUCCAGUCGAUACUGCAGAGUACCAGUCGAACCAGCUAAUAGUGCAUACCGAGCACCAGGAAGGUCAUAUCGUUUCAUUGUUUAAUUCCUUUGGCGCUGUUGACACUCAGUACAGCGUCGACAGUGAUGAGCAAAGAAUAUCAACACGGUGACUACUUCACGGCAUUUUUCUGUCGUUUUUUUGGUGUCAAUGUAUACAUUUUGUCGUAAGUUGAUUCUUCAUUUGUAAUUUUAUUUGCGCGAGGGGAAGUUCCAAAUUUCUUGCAGAUUUCCAGAUUGCCUCAUCUGUUACCGAUCAUUUGCAAGUCUAGAACUACUGUGCUAUCCAUUGCACUAUUGUAGCCGAGACCAAUGCAAGACCAGUCACAAGUAACAGGGCAGACAAUGACAAGGGAAUGCUUUUGUUGUAGUUUGUUUGAAAAGCUUGUGUCUUGAAUUCAGACCGGAGGUCUUGUUUUGGUCUUGUGAUGGACAAAUGCCCCCAACAAAUUCCGGGUGACCCCCCCCAAAAAAAAGGAUGAAUGGAUAUUGAACAAAGCUAACAAAAAUCUUGCCCCAAAAAACCACACCACUGAA